AUCGGUUCGAGUGCAAUGCCGUACAAACGCAAUCCGAUUCGAUCAGAGCGAGCGUGUGCAUUGGCACGCUAUCUGAUGCAUGCUUCCGCUUCGUGCACGGCAACUGGAGCGGUGCAGUGGCUCGAACGCUCACUCGACGAUUCAGCUGUCCGACGUAUUGUUCUCUCCGAAGCAUGCUUGGCGGCUGAUGGAUGCCUGUCCUUGUUGCAGAAUGUUGCCGAAGGAUUGACAGUCUAUCCGAAGGUGAUGGAAGCAAAUCUGGCCGCGGAAUUACCGUUCCUUGCAGUCGAACAAGUCCUGGUCACCAUGGUCUCCAAAGGUGCAGCCAACCGACAGGAGUGUCACGAGCGGAUACGACAACACAGCCAAGCUGCCGCCGCCGAGGUCAAACUCAAAGGACGACCGAACGACCUAGUUGAACGCUUGAAAAGUGAUCCCUAUUUCGCUCCGAUUCAUGACAUGCUGGGCGAGUUGCUUGACCCGCGAAAAUUCAUCGGUCGAGCUGUCGAACAGGUAUGUACUGAUCUCUAG